GUCAACCUCUACCAGCCCACAUUCUCUCUAAAUUUCUUUAUCUUUCUCUCUCUAAAACGUUAUUUUGUUUUUAUAUCCUUAACUCCACCCGACCCCACUUUUCCCCCCCUCAUCUGCACGUCCCUCUAUUCAUUUUCUCUCUCCUCCAAAGUUCAUAAUAAUAAGCGCAGAAAAUCAUCUCAAAUUAAUCAUCAUCGUCACAAAUGGGCGUCGACAUGUCUAACAACCCCUCGAAUUCCCAGUUUCCCAAAGACUUCUUCUCUUCCCCUGCUCUCUCCCUUUCCCUCGCUGGGAUUUUUCGGGGAGCGGAAGAUGCGGCGGCGGAAGCGGCAGCGAAGAGUGCUGAAGUAGAGGACGGAGAAGAGGGGAGCGGAGUACGGCGAGAAGACACGGUUGAGAUUAGUAGCGAGAACUCCGGCCAUGCUCGUUCGAGGUCGGAGGAUGAUUUUAUGAAUGUUGACGAUGACGACGACGACGACGGCGGUGGCGAUGAUAAAGGGAAGAAGAAGAAGAGGAAGAAAUAUCAUCGUCAUACUACGGAGCAAAUUCGUGAAAUGGAAGCGUUGUUUAAAGAGUCACCACAUCCAGAUGAGAAGCAAAGGCAACAACUUAGCAAACAACUAGGCCUUCAUCCUAGGCAAGUCAAAUUUUGGUUUCAAAAUCGCCGAACUCAGAUUAAGGCUAUACAAGAACGCCAUGAGAAUUCCUUAUUGAAAACGGAGUUGGAAAAGAUGAAAGAAGAGAACAAGUCUUUGAGAGAAAACACACAGAAAACAUCAUGCCCCAACUGUGGAUUUGCUAACACUAGUAGGGACUCUACUGUAACAGCUGAUGAUCAACAACAUCUAAAACUCGAAAAUGCUAAACUUAAGGCUGAGGUUGAGAAACUUCGAGCAGUUGUAGGUAAAUACCCACCAGGAAGAAUCUCUCCAACAGCAGCUUCACAUUCAACUUCAAAUUAUCAAGAUAAUAACAACAGAAGCUCAUUAGAUUUGUACACUGGUGUCUUUGGCAUUGACAAGUUGAAGAUUAUGGAUGUUGUUGAUAAAUCAUUGCAAGAAUUGAAAAAGAUGGCAACUUCAGGGGAGCCAUUGUGGGUGAAAAGUUUGGAAAAUGAUCGAGAAAUACUUAACUAUGAUGAGUAUAUCAAAGAGUUUCCUGUUGAGAGCUCUAGUGGUAGUGGGAAGCUUAGGAGAUCAAUAGAGGCCUCAAGGGAGAGUAGAGUUGUUUUUGUUGAUCUUCCCAGGCUUGUUCAAAGCUUCAUGGAUGUGAAUCAAUGGAAGGAAAUAUUCCCAUGCUUGAUUUCCAAGGCGGCUUUGGUGAAUGUCAUCUCAAACGGUGAAGGUCUCAACAAAGAUGGUGCAGUUCAGUUGAUGUAUGCAGAGUUGCAAAUGUUAACCCCUAUGGUUCCCACAAGAGAGGUAUACUUUGUGAGAUGCUGCAAACAACUGAGUCCAGAACAAUGGGCAAUUGUGGAUGUAUCUAUAGACAAGUUAGAAGAUAACAUCGACGCUUCACUGAUAAAAUGUCGAAAACGGGCUUCUGGAUGCAUCAUAGAAGAUAAAUCAAAUGGCCAUUGCAGGGUUACUUGGGUAGAACAUGUGGAAUGGCAGAAGAGUACAGUCCAUUCCUUGUACAGAACCAUUGUUAACAGUGGCCUUGCUUUUGGUGCAAAGCAUUGGAUGUCUACUCUGCAACUCCAAUGUGAACGCUCGGUUUUCUUCAUGGCUACUAAUGUUCCCACCAAGGAUUCAAGUGGGGUUGCCACGUUAGCAGGGAGGAAGAGCAUACUAAAGUUGGCUCAUAGAAUGACAUGGAGCUUUUGCCGGGCUAUAGGAGCAUCCACUUUCAACACAUGGACCAAGAUCACAACUAAAACGGGCGAAGAUGUUAGAGUCGCAUCACGAAAGAACUUGAACGAUCCUUGUGAACCAAUUGGAGUUAUACUUUGUGCUGUUUCUUCUGUUUGGCUUCCUGUUUCUCCAACUGUUCUUUUCGAUUUCUUAAGAGAUGAUGCUCACCGUCAUGAGUGGGAUGUAAUGGCAAAGGGAGGUCAAGUACAAACGAUUGUAAACUUAGCAAAAGGUCAAGAUCGAGGCAACUCAGUCAGCAUCCAGACAAUGAAGUCGAAGGAUAAAAUAACAUGGGUACUUCAAGAUAGCAGCACAAAUUCAUACGAGUCCAUGGUAGUGUAUGCCCCUGUUGAAAUACCAGGUCUGCAGUCAGUCAUGACAGGCUGUGACUCUAGCAAUGUUCCGGUUUUUCCAUCCGGGUUCUCGAUCCUUCCAGACGGGUCGGAGUCAAGACCCCUUGUGUUGACUUCUAGGCAAGAAGAAGAGAAGUCCUCUGAAGGAGGGUCUUUGCUUACAAUAGCUUUACAAGUAGUCACAAAUAGUUCCCCUGCAGCAAAGCUUACUGUGGAAUCUGUAGAGCCUGUUAGUUCAGUUAUAGCAUGUAUACUUGGGAAUAUUAAGACGAGUCUGCAAUGCGAGGAUUAGACCUGGUUAUUGGACAGGGUAGCUCGAUGGGUAUAGAGUUCGGGUCAUGUUAAUAGGGUUUUUAUUGGGCAGGGUCUUAACUGGACAGGGUCAAUAUAGGGCCGGACUUAUAACCCAAUAAUUUUGAUAACUAAAAUAGUUAUGAUGCGGAGUAUAAAAAAUUACAUGGAUAGCUUCCUACUCACUUGUAUUCGCAUACGACUAUUUAUUUUUCAUUUUUUCUUGUUCGUUAAUUGACCCGCCCGCUAUUGACAUGUGACCUGCUUUGACCCACCCAUUAUUGACCCUUUUAUUACUCGACCCGCUUUUGACCCGCACCGACCCUGACCCGUCCCGCACAAUAACCAGGCCUAACGAGGUGGAUGAGUUGUACUCUGGCUUCUUGUAAGUAGGUAGAGGGAUCUAUAGCUGUAAAAAAAGAUCAUAGAUUUUCCUUGGAUGUUUGCUGCAAACUGUGUAUUCUUUUGGUUGGUCCAAUUUGUAUUGGUAUCUCAUCUCCCCAAGUUCUGUAA